AACAGAGAAUCUUCUCACUGUCACUCAGCUGAAUUCACAUCUCCUGCCAACAUGUCCUACAGCUGCUGCUCUGGAAACUUCUCCUCUCGCUCCCUUGGGGGCUACCUGCGCUACCCAGCCUCCUCCUGUGGCUUUUCCUGCCCCAGCAACCUGGUCUACCGCACUGACCCCUGCUCUGCCAGCACCUGCCAGGUGAGCUCUGCUCCCUCCAGUGGCUGUCAGGAGACCUGCUGUGAGCCCACCAGCUGCCAGACAUCCUGUGUGGUGGCCAGACCUUGCCAGACGUCCUGCGACCGCCCAAGGACCUCCACGCUCUGCAGUCCCUGCCAGACGACUUGCUCUGGGUCUGUGGGCAUUGGGUCCAGCAGCUGCCGUUCCCUGGGCUAUGGCUCCAGAAGCGGCUACUCCCUGGGCUGUGGAUCCCGGGGCUUUAGAUCGCUGGGUUACGGAGUCUGUGGCUUCCCUUCUCUGCGCUAUGGAUCCAGAUUCUGCCGCCCCACCUACUUCGCCUCCAGAAGCUGCCAGUCGUCAUGUUACAGACCAGCCUGUGGAUCUGGCUUCUAUACAUCAACUUGUUGAGGGUCCAGACCUUUUGAGCAGUGUAUCUAACCUCUAAACAGAGAGUUUAUCAUUUUCAUGACCUUUGGAAAAACUCUCCAGUCACCUUUAUUCCAGCCACAGAGUGCUGGCCCAAAAACUGUCUCUAACAUAUACUGAACUUAAUGAUUAAUUUUAUUGGAUGACUUUAUAGAACUAGUGGAAUUAAUUAAAUAAAUUGUGAGAUUAAUUAAUGGAAUUUAUGUUAAUAAACAUGAAAUAAUGUUACUGAA